CGCGAAUUUCAGCUCCGACUCGCCGUCUCCGUGCGAGCGCGCAUUACAUUACACCCAGAAAGAAAUCCGAGCAACAACCAUUACAGGACUCGUACUUCGUACCGCACUUACAGUCCAGUCGCCGCAUCCCAGCGACUGUACUUCUUCCACCUUACCUCACCCGACCACCCUACCAGACACCAACGUCUUAUUACAUCAGAAAGGCAUCGCCAACCAUGCAGUCAAUCGCCCCCGCUCCGCCCCAGAGCAUGCAGAAUCAGGACAUGAGCGCAGACAAUGACUUAAGAGCCCAGCUCGCAGCCGUCAUCAACACGUCGCAACACGGCGGUCCUCCUCCUCCUGGCGCCUCGAAUCAUCCUCAUCCUCAUGGAGCCUACAACGACGUCCACGCCCAUCAUCACCAGCACCAGCAGUCCAGCAGCGCGAGCCCUCACGACCAUAACAUCGACCCGGCCAUCGGCGGCGGCAUUGGAGGAGGCGGAGGAGGUCCCAUCAAUAUGAGCACGGGCGGCGAUUCGGGCGGAGAUGAUUCUCUAGGAGAUGGUCGCAAGGGAGGAAAGAGAGAGCUCUCGCAGUCGAAGCGUGCUGCGCAGAAUCGCGCUGCUCAGAGAGCCUUCCGUCAACGCAAAGAAGGCUACAUCAAGAAACUCGAAGAGCAAGUCCGCGACCUGCACAACCUGGAAGAUAACUUCAAAGCCCUGCAAGCCGAGAACUACUCCCUGAGAGAAUACAUCAUCCACCUCCAAAGCCGGCUCAUCGAGUCUCAAGGCGAUUACCCCCAACCACCACCCAACGUAAACCUGAUCCACCCGCACGCUGGCCGAGGACAACAACAACAGCAACAUGACCCCCAAGCCUCAGCUCCCAUGGCGCCCAUGAGCACGCUCCAGGCUUCGGCGGCGAGGACACUGGCAGCUGCUGGACUGGCGGGAAAACCACAACAGCAACAACACCAACACCCCGGAGCAGAGGAGUAUGAUCACAGCAAGCGGUACAAGGACGAGGGACACGAUAACCCGGCUGCGGACGAGGAGAUCAUUAGGAGUCAGCUCCAGGGCACCGCUGAUGGAUUACCGAGUUCGAUGUAAAAGCUUGCCUACUUACUUACCUUAGCUAUCUUUUGGCGUUCACGGCGGCGUUGUUGCUGAGGUCUGAAUUGCUGGCGUACGUAGGAAUGGACGGGAAUGGUGGUGGAAACCUAUG